CUUUGGUUAUCUUCAAGUCAACAAUAAAUCUUAUCCUUAUCUUGACCAUCACUUUUUAUACAUCAAAUGUUGACCUUUCACUUAUGUUGUCACCUUUUCGUUGUCCAAUCAAUUUGAAUUUCAAUUGUGAGGGAACAAUUUAUUGAUUACACUCUCUUUAAAUGGUAAAGAUGAGAGACAUUGGAAAGAUGAAGAGGGAGAGAAAAUAACAAAACAAUUUCUCUUUGGCUAAAGAGAAUUUCUAUAAUUUUCUAUUCUAUUCUAUUUCAUAAUGGUCGCCAUUUGUGUGUCAUGUGUUGAUGGCACUUUCUCAUCUCGUGGACAAGGAAAUAGAGACAUUGUAUCUGUAUUGAUUAUGUGAUUUCCUAUCCGUUCACAAUCAACUCACUCAAACAGAUUGAAACAAAUGUUAAGGAGCCUUAGGUAAACGUCAACAAUUAAAAAAGCUAAUCUAAGUGAAGUUAAUAUUACAUGUGAUUAUCUUUUUCCUCGCGUAAAAAAAGACAACAUGAUGGACCUGAGAGCUGAUUUUUACCAAGUUGAAUUCAACCGGACAAUUUGGGAGAUUCCAGUUAAAUAUACUAAAUUGUCACCAAUCGGAUCGGGAGCCUAUGGUCAAGUUUGUUCAGCUGAUGAUUUAUCUUUUAGUCGGCGAGUGGCUAUUAAAAAGCUCGCUCGUCCUUUUCAAUCUGCGAUCCAUGCCAAACGUACCUAUCGGGAAUUUAAAUUACUUAAACACAUGGAACAUGAAAAUGUGAUCGGACUUUUAGAUGCUUUUACACCAACAACUACUUUUGACAAAUUUCAGGACAUGUAUCUAGUUACCCACCUCAUGGGAGCCGAUUUAAAUUCAAUCAUACGAACCCAAACUCUUACUGAUGAUCAUGUUCAAUUCUUGGUUUACCAAAUUCUACGAGCACUUAAAUACAUUCAUUCAGCUGGGAUAAUCCACCGGGAUCUAAAGCCAAGUAACAUUGCUGUCAAUGAAGACUGUGAAUUGAAAAUUUUAGAUUUUGGCCUGGCCCGACACACUGAAGCCGAAAUGACCGGUUACGUUGCAACCCGUUGGUAUCGAGCACCAGAAAUCAUGUUAAACUGGAUGCAUUACAAUCAAACAGUUGAUAUAUGGUCAGUCGGUUGUAUCAUGGCUGAAUUAAUCACCAGUCGGACACUUUUUCCUGGUACAGAUCAUAUCGAUCAAUUGCUAAGGAUCAUGGCUGUUUGUGGUACUCCUGAUGAUGAAUUUAUGAAAAAAAUUACAUCGGAAGAGGCUCGUCGAUACAUCGCUACCUUACCUCGAAUGCCAAAGCGUAAUUUCACUGACAUAUUCAAAGGAAUUAAUCCAAAAGCUAUCGAUCUUUUAGAGAAAAUGUUGGCUCUUGAUGCCGAUCGUCGUCCAACCGCUGAACAAGCAUUAGCUCAUCCAUAUUUAGCUCAAUUCGCCGAUCCAAGUGACGAACCUACUGCUAAGCCAUUCGACGACUCUUGGGAAGAAAGGGAUAUGCCACUUGAAGAAUGGAAAAGACUAGUUUACGAUGAAAUGGUCCGAUUUGUACCCAGAAGUUGAUAUUCAACGACACAAUUUAUCAUCUUAAUCAUUAUCUUCAUUAUAAUUAUUAUUUUAAUUGCUUCACUAUUGAUACGUUUACCACUUGAAAACAUGAUCAACGGAAAAGGAUAAUCAACGGAAAUCAUUAAUUUUAUUUGAUUCGAUACUUUUUAUCAAUAAGCAAAAUCACCUUUACAAUCCCCAUGACAAAUAAUUAUGUUGAUUGUGUUUACCUUUCCCUUUUAAUCAUAAAAAUUAUACUCAACUUUUUGUUCCCUCUCUUUUUGUCUCCAUCCUUUUCCCACAACAAUUAAUUAAUGAUAAUUUACCUUUGUAAGAUUAUCAUAUUUGUACAUUAUCCAUUAAUUAAUAAUAAUAUUUAGACAAUUAAAUCUUUAAUUUACCAUUAA